CUUUGCGGUUUUUUUCAAGAACUGAACGCUCUUCCGGGUCAAGAACGCGGGAUUGAUGAUGGUAGCGUUACCAUUUGGCGAAGAAAUAAGGUGUUUAUCAAUAUUUUUUUUUUGCUACUAAUCGCACGGUCCUAAUCGACAACCUUAGUAGCUUCGGUUUCAAGAAUUAAACUUGCUUUCGCGUUCAGAAUACGGGUUUGUGGAUUGCACGUCUUGCUAUUGUCGUUUAAAUGUACUAUUUACUGGCACUUUUCGUUUCGCGCACGGCAGCAAGACGAAAACCUCAGGAUUGAAUUUAACGGCUCCUUCUGCGUUGGUUCUUUAUUCCAUGUAGUUGCUACGAGGGUGAACGUUCUUUGCUACAUUCGUCAGAAUGCGUGGCCGGCGCGGCCGCGGCGAAACCGUGUCCGCGAGUCACAGAGAAGAAUGCUCAAGCACUGCGUGAUGCCGGUUCCCUGCUGUCAGCUUCGCCUCACCAUAUGGGCGUUACGCGGUGAAGCAUGCCAAGAAUGUAAAGGGUGCUGUCAAGGGUGUCAACUGUCAAGGGUGCUGCUCGCGGCGCUCGCCGCCACGUCUGCUGUCGCAGUGCAAACACGGAGACGCCCAUGCAAUAACGCCUUGAGAGAUAUUUCGGACGCGGCUGUGGUGAUUCGAGCGCUUGUCUAGCGCACCUAGCACGUCCCAUAUAAAGGAUCAUAAUUAACGGUCAAUGGGGUGCUAUUCCGCCCAGUUAGAUCAUUCGAUAAUAUUAUAGUUAGAUGAAAAGUGUGAAUGAGAAAAUUGUAGAGCAACAAUAAAAGCUCGCGAUAGAGCUUUCCGUUUUUCGAUACAUGCUACAUAAAAGGGGUUUUCCGAGCGUGGAAGAAGCCUGCAACUGACCGCGUGAUUGGCCGCUCGCUCGUGAAUACACGACAAGCAUUAACAUCUGUCUCAUACGAGUUGUUAUAGACAGGCAUCAGCAUGUUCUGCUUGACAUCCUGAAAACCUCCAAGUCUACUUCAUCAUUAUCUUUUUCAUUGAUGCUGGUACCGUGCAAGUGGAAUUAAAGUACACAUCGAGAAUAUGACAGGUACAAGCUGAGCAGCGAAGUUUUUCUUGCGUGUAAUUGUUGAGAGAUGCCACACCAAAGCAACGGGUCUUAAACAAUGGAAAAAUAUUUAACCUGAAAAAAAAAAGACGGAGUAUAUAAGCACGCCAGCAACAAACAAGGAAGGGCGGCUGUAGAAGUUAUAAACGAAUUUUUUUUUAACGGCACCUGUUUGUACUCAAAGCAACCUGGCUAGCGAGCUGUCAGUUUUUAUUGCGUUUUCAUUGAUUUGGUAAAGGCUUCUAUAAAUGAUGGAAAGCUGUCUGACAAUCGAUGCUGCUAAAUAUAGGAUGCCAUCCAUGUGUCUUACGUACAGGUGGGUAGCUUUCUUCUAUUUUUGUUGUUUUGUCUUCGCUUUCUGCCUCAACGCAUAUUCUAGUAUUUCGAGAGAAAAGAUAAAGUUGUGCGAAUGCUAUAGUUGAUUAGUCGUUACAAUGACCACCAUAAGUUUUACAUGAGUGGCAUAUCGUGUUACAAAGCGUCUCGCGUAUUAUGACCUGUUAUCCGGGUAAUGAUCUACCUUUCCACGUCAUGAGGAAUAGCCUUGCAACAUUGAUAAAGACGCUGUUUUGGACUGUUGCAGCGUCUGCCGUCAGUAACAAGUCGAGAACUGGGCAGUCCGAGCAGAAGUGCUUCAAGGAGCUCGGAUGCUUCCAGAUGGCAGGGCCGUUCUUCCACGAGAUCUACCGGCCCAUCAACUUCUAUCCGGAGGAGAGGGAGCACAUCAAUACACAGUUCAUCCUCUACUCGCGGGAGAACACCAUGCGCGGCGAGCUCCUAAAGUGGUCCUCGACGCCGGCAGAGGUCGCCGGUUCAACUACCUUCAAGGCCAGCAGGCCGACCAAGGUCCUGAUACACGGCUGGGUGGACACGGUGUUCUUCGGCGCUUGGUUGAGGAAAAUGACGACGGCCUUUCUCAUGGUGGGAGACUUCAACGUCAUCAUAGUUGACUGGCAAGGCGGCAACUCCCUGCCCUACACUCAGGCGACAGCCAACACGAGGGUGGUCGGCGCCGAGAUUGCUCUGCUGGUCAACAAGUUGGAGAAAGCAUUUGGGGCGAAGCGGGAGACAUUCCACAUCCUGGGUCACAGCCUCGGCUCCCACGUGGCCGGAUACGCUGGCGAGAGGCUUCCGGGGCUGGGACGGAUCACAGGUCUGGAUCCAGCCGAUCCCUACUUCCAGCACAUGCCGAAGGAAGUACGCCUCGACCCGACUGACGCUCGGCUGGUGGACGUUCUACACACAGACGGCGCAUCGGUGUUCGACAUAUACAAAGCCGAAGGGCUGGGCAUGUACCAGCCGGCCGGGCACCUUGACUUUUACCCCAACGGCGGCAUCAAGAUGCCCGGCUGCUCGACGAACUCUCGGAUAUUGAUUACGCUGACCAAGGGUGCCAUUGAAGCUGCCCGGUCGGUGGUGUGCAACCACGAGCGCGCCAUCGAUUACUUCCUGGAUAGCAUCACAGAGCGCGAAUGCACCUCGCUGGCUUUCGCGUGCAUCUCGUUCGAGACGUUCCGCAGUGGCCGCUGCUCAGACUGCGGCAACAACGGGCGCCUGUGCGCACGCAUGGGCAUGCACGCGGACUCCUGGAGGCCCGUGGACAACACCUCGGUCCAGAUGUACCUGCACACCAUGGACGAGGCACCCUUCUGCGCAUUCCCCUUCUUCGUGAACAUCGUGUUGUGGAGAACAGAAAAAAUCUUUUCCACUGGGUACUUCGUCCUCAUCUUGGAUGGUACCAGGGGAAGAGCCGUGAUCAAGAUUAAUAAGGAGCCGCUGCGACUUUUCGGUGCCGUGAAGAACGAGUUCGUCGUGAAGACCGAUACCUACAUCGGCGAGCUGCAAGCGGCGGCCUUCCGCUACACUAGCAGCCGUUUCUUUUUAUUUCGCAGCAACAUGCUGCUCAGGCAUGUCGAGGUGUUGCCGAUGAACGAACCCGUGAGAACGCAUGAAAGGAGGAGCAAGAUGAAAACGUUUUGCUACUACAAUAAAACGGGGAUACCUUCUGGCGAAGAAGUGAAGCUGACUCUCUGCAAACUUUAAUUAAAGGAAUAAAGAUCAAGUAAUUGUUGCUGCAAAA